GUCUCGUCGACACGAAGGGGAUUGGCAAGCCCACGACGAUGGGCGACGAUCAAGAGAAGUUCGGGGCUUGGAAUCGCAAGAUGGAGAACUACGUGAUAGGCGUGUACGGAGAGAGCUUUCGUCCCGUUCUUCGGUGGGCUGCAGAAGCCGAACGCCCCGUGACGAUCGAGGGGGCACAGGCGGCGCACGACGGAGUACCAGAGCUGGAGACCAAGGUCAACCAGCUGUACGCGGCGCUGAUCAGCACGACGGCGGACGGCAGCGAGAGCAACGACCUCGUGAUGGGCGCCCCCGAUGGGAACGGUCUCGAAGCCUGGCGGAAGCUCCACCGCAGGUGGGAUCCGACGACAGGUCCGAGGAAGAGGCUGAUCCUGAGGUCGAUCAUCUCGCCUCCGAAGUGCAGCGCGGACGAGCUGGGAUCAGCCUUAGAGAAGUGGAUCCAGCAGAUAGGCAGGCACGAACGCCGCCAAGGAGAAGAUGGUCUAGCCGAGCUGCCGGAGGAUAUCAAGAUGGCGGCCCUCGAGAUGCUCGUGCCUCAGGACAUCGAGAACCACCUCGUCCUCAACAAGCAUCGGCUCGUCACAUUCCAGGACAGUCUGAACGAGGUGAUGACUAUCGUGGAGGCUCGGACCGGCGUGAAGAUCAAGGAGCCAUCGAUCCGUGCGCGGGCACAUCAUCCGGACGACAUGGACGUAGGGUCAUUCGGAGCCCCGAAGGGCAAAGGCAAAGGCAAGGGCAAGGCAGAUCAGAUGUUCUAUGGGGAACCAUUUGUUAUGAGUUCAGCGGCGAUGGCCAGCAAGAUGGGCACGCAUAGAGGUAUCCCGUCUCUUCGUCGCAUACAGCUCGCUGCCGCUGGGCUCGCCAUGCAGAAGUACAUGCACAAGGAGCUGAUGGAGAGGAUGGUAGCAGCUGUGGUCAAAGAUGGAGGCCAACCCUUGAUGCUCGUGAAACAAGUUCGGUACGACGAGACCCCGAUGAAGAUCAACGUGAAAGACAACAACACGUCAUCUUCUUCUGCAGUCUUGGUUGACAAGCGUGCGUCUAAGCUUGAGAUUCCCAAGUUCAUUGUGGAGUUUUUGAAGAUGGAGUCGUACGAUGCGGUGCCUGCAAAGUUGCUCCAGUCCGAGUGGCGAAUCUCUGCGUUGUUCAAGUUGGGAUCUGGAGAGUACGUGCUGGUCAGUUUCGACGUUUUCGCUCCAGUGCAGGCCUUGGCUUCGACAGCGGCGGAGGACUACGUGGAGGCCCUCAAACGAACGGAGGCAGUCAUAUCUUUCCUUGCAAAUGGCAACUGGGAGAAUACUGAGACCGUCGAACACUGGACCAUGAGCUCGCCGAGGGAGGAGAAGGCAGUGCGACAUUGGUUUCUUUCAUACUUCGUGAAAGCUGUAUGCGGGGCUUCACCCAAAAUAUUUCCGAGAUCCAGGUGGACGGGCUCUGACUUGACUCUCGAUGCACUUGGUCUCUUGGAUGGCAUUCAUGGUCUGGGGACGGUCGCUUUCACGAAAUUUGUGGUCAUCUUGAACAAAGGUGCUGUGCCAAAGUCCUUGCUGCCCGUGCCUGGCCGAGCCGCGGUCGAACUCCCACCCCUCUUGGACACCCACCCUGUCGCAGGCGGCGUCGGUCCAGAAGGUCCGCCAGCUGAUGGAGGCGAUGGGCUUCAGGAAGGCGCGACUGAUGCUGCUAAGAACUACGAAAAGGAGAACAACCAUCAGAGGGAGACCGCUGCGAGAUGGAUGCUGUACGAAUCGCCUCAUGCUUUGGUCGUCGCGCUGCGGGUCACGAUGGAGCCGCUUCGAGUAUUGAUGAAGGAGCUGUUGACGGUGUCGGGGUCCGCGUGGGAGCGCGUGCAACAAGAGAAGCAUUUCGACGAAUCCCAGUCGGUUGGCUUCGGGGACCUUCGCCAGCGAGACUACCGCAUGCUCCUUGCAGCUCAUAAUAAGCACGAGGGUUGCUGCAUCCAAUCACUUUCGAAUUUGUUCUUCGCCGAUGCGGAGUGGGAAGCCGUCCCAGCUGGAUAUCGGCGAGCAGACGUUCAACAUCUUUGUUUCACGCUUGUUUCACGUGCCGCUGCAGAGGUGCAGCACUACCUGAUUGACCACCACCGUGGCUACCCGUACAAGAUGGGCAGGCUGUUCGAUGACCUGUCUUUGGCCGAUGAGGCUAAGGUGCGCAGGACUGGCGUUGGCGGUGUUCAGAGGGCAUUCUUCAGCGAGCAGCUCUCUGCUGGACACACCAUGGAGGAAGCGCAUGCUGAGCUUAGGUCAGCGAACAAGGCACGCACCAAACGGUUGGAGGAAUACAUGUUCAGCCAGCGUGAUGUCGUUGCCUCGCGGAUCCCUGGCUUCGCAGACAUGGGCGUGCCCGUGGACGACGUGCUGCCAACGCCAGCUCUCUCAGAAAUUUUCACGCAUUGGGAUUUUAGUUCUAUUGACUUGCUCGAGAAGGCGAAGCGUCUCGUGGCACUCAGCCCCCACUCGAAAAUUGGCAGGGGCGUCAACGAGGCGGAGUUCCAGAACGACGUCCAGGCGAUGUCCAGGGUGGACCGCUCUUUCAAAUGGCAAGUAUCGUAUUUCAUGUUGAAACCCGACAUGCGCCCAGUUGUCUCUGUCACACCCAAUUGCGUGACAGUGGUGGCCAUGGACGGUGCACUUCUGCGGACAGCGGUCACGAACUUCCGCCACCUCGCUGACAACGCGCUCUCGGAUGACAAGGUCAGGGAGGAGCGUGCCUACCGUGAGAUCGGUGCCAUGGAGGAGCAGGAGUUGGAGGGGCGUUUGAGGGUCCGCAUACCAGCUGAAUUAGAGAUUGUGGCAAGGAGUGCCCUGACAAAUGAUGAUCAGCAGCGGAUCGAUCCCCGAGAACACCAGGGUGACAAGGAUCAGGCACCGCCAAAGAAGAGAAUCAAGGCAGAGGGCGAAGCCCAGGCAGAGGCAUCCAGUGGCGUUGAGAUCUUAGGCGCGCAGUUUGUAGAUCCGUCGCUGAAGUUAGGCGAGCCGUCCCUCAGCCAGCGCCUGCACCCUGAUGCACAGCAGCCGUCACUGGCGCCGCGGCCUAAGCAGUUUACACCGCCUUUGCGUGUGGAGCCGCCGCCUGUUUUGCCUGUGCAGGCCACGGCCACGCCGCCGCAUUUGCCUGCAGAGGUCACGCAGCACCUGCAUCAUCCCCAGGCUGCGGAUUCAGCACCCACCCUUAUCGAGGAAUCUCAGCCAGAUCUCGAUGUUGUUUUGGAUAACAAGGUGCAUGGGCGCUUCGAGAGUUCAGCAGCGGCGCUCCCAGAGUGUCGCGCAGAAGUCGCGGCGGGCUCUUCUAGCAGCAGCAGCGCCCACAGGGCGCCCAUCAUGACCCAGCCUGACUCGCUCGGCGACCCAGCCUUCACCCAGCCUGAACUCUUCGACGGGUCGCCAGCGCACACCAGCUGCAGGGCGAGACCCUGGCCCAUGUCGUCCAGGAAGAGCACCGCAGGCGGGGACGAGCCCGACAGCGUUCGUCCCGCGAAGAAGGGCAGGGGCAGAGGAGUUGCAGCUGCUGUGGAGCGGCCAAUCACCUGCAUGGCCAACAAUGGGAGUUGUGGCAAGGCUACUGCAGGCAACACCGAGCUGUGCCAGAAUCACCUCAACGUGCACGCCCUCGGCUUCGGCUGGAUGGCGCUGGCCGAGUUCAAGGAGGCGAUCAAGAGCGAUCCAGAGUUCAACAAGCAGGUCGAGGCCGCCUUGCGCGUGAAGCUGGGCCUCGAGGAGAAGAAUUUCUUUCAGGAGGAAGUGUCCCUCGACGUCGUCUCAGGCGUUAGGGUCAUCAAGCGGGUCAGGGGUCUCACGGUCAAACGCUUCAAGGAGGUAUUCAACAAGACACCCCAGCAGUGCGGGAAGGUGAUCAGGGACCUCGACGACGGCAAGGGAGGGAAGUACAAGGGCGUGGUCGUGGAGGAUGAGGCCGAUGCCGACGUCAUCUACGAGCUCUUCACGACGACGUACAAGCAUCGGCAGCAGUACAAGCAGAUGGCGAACAACCAGUUGCACGCAUCGCAGGCGCAGACCAUCUUCACUAAGGUCAAGCUGGACGAGUUCAUGGACGUCACCCCCUACAACAACGCGUCCAGCGUGAGCGAGAUCCAGGAAAAGGCGAAGCUGAAGGCUCCAGAGGACGAGUCCCAGGAUGAAGCUGCUGAGGUGAGCGAUGGUGAGAAGUCUCUCGAUGGAUGCCAGCGGACAGCUGCGCCGCUGCUGGCGACAGCCUCGAGCGCAGCACCAAAGAGAGCUGCUAAGACUGCUAAGGGCGGAGGGAGAGGCAAGCGCCCAGCCUCCACCGUCCGCGAGGCAGUCACAGCGUUCACGCCUCCGAGGCAGGACGCUGCGUCCCACGCUGGCAGUGUUGUUGAUCCGUCGCCUUCUCCAGUGCAAUCCGAGGCGAUGUUGCUUGUGAAUGCCAAGAUGGCCAAGACUAGCAUCAGCGAAUGCCUGCAAAGCAGCACUGGGCGCUCGAUGGGCGGGGCCGACGUGCUCAAGCAGAAGCUCAAGGCCAUGGGCGCCACCGCCGAGUUGAAGAUCUGGACUGACCAUGAGGACCAGUACCAGGCGGCCGUGAAGUUGAAGGAAAUGCAGAUCGCGACCGUCUCUCGCAAGGAGCUGGACAGUUGCAUCAAGAAGCUGCGCGACGUGGAACUCCCAGAGCAGUUGCAGAGAAGCAUCCUCGAACGAUCUGUGACCGACAUCCUGGCGCACCCAGACAUGAAUAUUGAGCAGUUCUUUAACAUGAUGAACCCGCUGAGCGGUACGGACAUUGAGACUACCUUCAACCCCGAGGUGCCGUCUCUCAGCGGCAUCGCCAUGAGCCAAGAGGAUAAGGCGAAGAUGUUCGCCGACAAGCUGGUUCUUCGCUACCUCCUCCAGCUCAUCGAAGCGGGCGAAGAGAAGAAGGAUGUUGCACAGAGGUUUGCCCUGUUCGCCAUCAAGUGGCUCGAUGGCAAGAUAGACGAUUCCGAGAUUACCAUCAGCCCCGAGGUCGACGAGGUGUUCAGCACGUGCCUCACGAUCAUGAAGGCGAUGUGCUGCAUCAUAGACCACAUCCAGGUCGUUGGCAAGACAUCUGUUUCCCGUCUGGUGGAGAACGCCAAGAAGAAAGGAGGCAAGCACAGCAUGUCCGGACUCGUCUACAACGCUUUGCAGAGCAACGUUUGGUACCAGUCCCAGUACAAGAAGUUCGUGGACAACAUGGACGGCCUCGAGAAGUGGGGCGACGUCAUUCACCUCCGCACGAAAGAGAUCGUCAAAGGCGAGGCCAACACUACUAGCGACCCCUAUGAGGUGUUGAAGGAGCUGGAGGAUAUGAAGAACGACCUUGAUACCAGCGUGUGGCUCCCAUACGCGUCGUCCAUCGAGGAUUGGUUGGUUGCGGCAUUCAAUUUCGGAGAUAUGCAUAAGUUGAUUUCUAAGGCUGGAGAAGCCCCCGCGAAGCAGAAGGCGAUGGCCGACGCCAUCCUGAGGGCAGUUCUGACCAUGAAGGCGUGCUUCCCUGGCAGGGAGGCAGAGCUCAAGACACGCGAGCAGACGGCGAUCGAGGUUGGCGCGGUCUUCGAGCACGAGAUGUUGCUCCAGCAGGCCAUGCAGACCCUCAGUGAGUUCAAGACCCUCGACCUCUCGAAGCCGCUGCUGAAUGACCACUGGGAAAAGGUUGCCCAGCUGGUGAGUCUCGUCCCCGAGGACUACGUCAAGGCGCGGGUCACGGACGAGUUCAACGAUGAAUUAGGUGAGAUUCUCAAGGCGGCCAUGGACCACGUGACUGCCAUAGAUGACACAUCCGCCUUCGCGGAGGUAUGCUCGACGGCUGAGCGCGUGUGGGCCACCAUCAUCACAUGGAACUGCACGGUCGAGAAGCUCGAUGAGACAGUCAAAGCUCUCGGCGCCAUCUCGAAGGCGAUCUCCGCCCAGCGCGCAUUCGUCGACAGCGGAGAGACGCCUGCCAUCCGUUCGAAGCCACACAAUCAGCGGACGUUGCUGACAGGUUUGAAGAACGCCGUCGCCUGUGUUCAGAAGCUCAGUCCUGCGAUCGAGAACGUCCAGAAGAAGACGCAGGCGACGAUCGACGACGCCCUGGAGCUGAUCAGCGCCCAGAAGGAGUUCGACAACAAUGAUUCCAUGAAUCGUGCCAUGAAGCAGUGCACCACGAUCACUGGCAUGAUGGGCGCCCCAGAUAAUCUUGCAGACGUGCCCUGGCGCAGGGGCGUGGCCGAGAAGAGCUCCUGGAAGGACCUCCAGGGCCACGCGGACGAGCGCCUCUUCAUUAUAGACGGGGCACGGUUCGAGCAUGAAGCAGAAAAUUUCGAGGCGGCCAUCGACGCCAUGAUUAAGGACUACGCUUUCCACGACACUGCUGUGCCAGAGGAGUUGCUGUCAAAGUACACGUGCACUCAGAAGGUUUCGAUCGUCCACAUGGUCGAGGGCUCCCUGCUGCACCACCUGGAGGAUGCAGAGACCAUGAAGAGCAAUGUCAAGGUCAGGCGCGUCGUCAAUGCUGAGUUCAAGAAGCUCAAGGACAAGGCUGGCCUGCAGCCCGCGGGCGUGGUGCACGACGCCAUCCGCCAGGUCGCGGAGCACGCCCGCGAGCACGGCGAGCUGCCCGCGGCAGGCAGCCUGGAGGAGGAGCCUGAAGCGGAGGUCGCCGCUCUGGACAUGGGCAGCCUGGACUGCCUGGAGCUCGCCAGCGGCAGCGGCCGCGGCGCAGCGGCGGUCGAUCUCUCCCCCUUCGCGCAGGACGACUGGAUGAAGUUCAACUGGGACAGCGGUGCAGCUAUCUCAGCAUUCCCUCGGAGCUUCGCGCCGCCGACGGGAAUGGAGGGCAACGGCAGCACGUAUCGUACGGCCAGUGGUGAGCUCGUCCCGGACGAGGGCAGCUUGCAGCUCAAGGCGGAGGACGAGUACGGAGUGCUACGAGCGCUCAAGGGACGCGUGACGAACGUGCACAAGCCGUUGAUCUCGGUGGGGCAGGCAGCAGGAGCUGGACAGUGUUCAUUCCUGGGCCGCAAUGGCGGCUGGAUAUUCCACGAGAAGAGCCCAAUCGGCAAGCGCGUGGUAGGCAUGCUCGAGAAGGAGGCGAAGGCGGCGAAGCACCAGAUGCUGCCGGUCUAUCGCGAGCAGGGUGUCUACAACUUCUACCUCAAGAAGGGCCAACAUGGCUCGGUUGCUCCUCUCGAGGAGGGACUUUCGGCAAAGUCCAAGUCCGAGCUGGUGGAGCUUCUCAGCGGCAAGUCGAAGGAGGAGCUGCUGGAGAUCCUCGAGAAGACAGACGACGAGACAGCGGUGCCGGUGGUCUCGUCUGACUACGCCUUCAUGGGCCAGGAUGACGCGGACACCAUGCCGAUGCUGGUCCUUAGGGAUAGGCGCUCGAAGAUGAUGGCAGCGACAUUCGUGGAGAAGAAGGGCGACGACGCCUAUGCCAUCAAGUUCUUCGCACGCUUCUUACGGAUCCUGGGCUACAGGAAGAUCGUCAACAAGUCCGACGGCGAGCCAGCGAUCCUGCUGGUCAAGAGGCGUGCGGUGGAGGAGGUUCCUGGCCUCGAGGCCAUUCCCCAGGAAUCGGCACCGGCCGAUCAUCAGGCCAAUGGGGAGAUCGAGGUCACGGUGCGCGAGAUCAAGAAGCAGGUGCGGGCGCUCAAGAUGGACCUGGAGUCCAAGCUGGGCGUCAAGGUGGAGGACAAGCACCCUGUGCUGGCGCACCUGCCGGAGCACGCCGCAUCGGUAAUCAACCGAUACCGGCGCGGCCAGGACGGCAAGACCGCUCUUCAGCGGCUCGCGGGACGGCAGUGGAGGAAGCCGGUCCCGCUCUUCGGCGAGCGCUUGAUGGCGCGGUUCGCCGGGGAGCGCGCGAGGAAGAACGCGCUGGAGGAGCAGAUGGUGGAGGCUCGCUACAUCGGCCACCACCCGCGCGACGGCUCGAUGAUGGUCAUCACGAGCGACGGCGUGAAGAAGGCGGUCGGCUUUCGCAGCCUGCCGCAGAGCGAGAAGUGGAUCACGGCGGGCUGGGAUGGCCUGAAGGGCCUGCCGUGGGACGUGGCUCCGCGCGCGGCAAGCGCGCCGCGGGCCAUCGUCGGACCUGGAGAGGUCGGUCCGCCACCAAUUGUGGUGGUGUCGCCGCAGCCGCAGGCGCCGAGGAGGAUGUACGUCCUCAAGGCGGACAUCGAGCGGCUGGGCGCAACGCCGGGAUGCCCAGGGUGCGUCUCGAUCGCCAAGCACGGCCGGGUGCUGGCUGGCCACGCGCACAACGCGGUGUGCAGCAAGAGGAUCUUCGAAGCGCUGGACGCGGAGGAGGCAGGCCGGGAGAGGACCGGCCAGUAUCGAGAGCGGAGGCAGGGCCAAGAGGCCAGAGUCCGACCGGCGGCAGCGGCCGCGGCAGGGACCCCUCCGCCGAAGACGGCUCGGAGGAUCACCGAGCCGGUGGCAGCGGCGGCAGCGGCAUCGGCCGCGCCGGCCGCGACCCGAUCGGCAGCAGCGCCAGCCGUGGCAGCCACAGCGGCGCGCAUGCGAGAGAGCCAGCCGGUAGCACCGGGCUUCGGCGUGGCGGCUCCUUCAGGAGGAGCGAGCUCCAGUUCGGGAGCGGCGCGAGCGGCAGAGGCCGCCGCGGAUGUCGACAUGACCGCGGCCAGGUCGCGGCUGAAGCGCUUGGCAGAGGUGGCCCCGGAUGACGUGCCGGAGGCCCUCGAGCGCGGUGAUCCACAGCCGGCAGACGUGCCGGUACCGGUGGACAUGGAGGAUCUCGCGGCGCAGCCGGCGCCAGCGGAAGGACCUCAGCUGCCAGCUGGAGUGGCAGUCGUGUGGAACGCCAGUGAGGGGAGGCACAUGCGGGUGCUCGCCCUCGAUGUGGCGUCGAUCGAGCUGGUUGAGCUCGGAGUGCUGACGAGAGCGAAGGCGGAGUUGCUCCCGCUCGUUCGCGAACAGGUCAGUGGCCAUUGGGCCAGCGCCGGCGUGGACAUCGCCGACGAAGAGGUGGACAGCAUCGCCCUAUCGGCGUUGCAGCUGGGCGCCGUGGACGUGGCCGAGGUGCACUCGCCACAUCGGUUCUCGGCUCGGGCAGCGGAAUUUCAGCUGCGCCCGGGCUUCGCGGCGGACCUGGAGGAACUCAAGGAGGACGGGGCGCCGUGGGACUUGCGGCGCCCCGAGGAUGUCAAGGAGCUCGAGAAGCAGCAGGAGCGGAUGGAUCCCAUCCUGCUCACGGGGUCCCCUCCAUGCGAGAAGUUCAGCUUGCUGAGGGGCCUGAGCGCCAAGUUCAGGACCGAUGAGCAGGAGGCGGCUGAGAUGGAGGAGGCCAGACACCACCUGAAGGUGGCAGUCGACGCCUACUGGCGUCAGCUCAGGAAGCCAGGCAGGUACUUCCUGCAUGAGCAUCCCUGGAGCGCGCGAUCGUGGAAUGAGGACAUCGUCAAGGAGCUGGUCGCGCAUCCAGGAGUCUUCACGGUCAAAGGCCCCAUGUGUCGGUGGGGCAUGAAGCUCACGAACCCACGCAGUGGCCAGGAGGAGUUCGUGCGCAAGGAGACCGGAUGGGUCACCAACCAUCCAGGCUUAGCCCGGAGGCUGCAGGGCACUUGCAGCAAUGUGGACGGCCGCGCGGAAUGGCAUCGCCACAUCACGCUCGUGGGCGGCAUCGCGCGGUUCGCGAAGGUCUAUCCACCGAAGUUGGUGGAGGCGGUGCUGGAGGAGCUCAAGGACACGCUGAAUGACGUGGGAGAGCUCAGCACCGCCCAGGUGCAGCAGUCGGGCCCAGUCCCUGUGGACGCGGCAGUGCCGCCCGGGGACUGGACGAGUUACUGGGACGACGUCAAUGGCGGCUACCUGGAGGCGGGCCUUGUGGCCCAGGCUCGCGCGGUCGAGCGCGAGUGGGUCAAGAAGCAGGAGCUGAUCGAGAUCGUCCCGAGGUCUCAGGCUUUCGCCGAGACUGGGCGUCCGCCCAUCCCACUCAAGUGGGUCGACACGAACAAGGGUGACGCGGAGAGGCCCAACUACAGGAGCAGGCUCGUCGUGAAGGAGAUCAAGGCGAAGAAGCGCCCUGACGAGCAGCUGGAGGCGUCCGAGGUCUUCUCGGCCAUGCCUCCUCUGGAGGCCAUGCGGUCGCUGGUCUCGCUGAUGGUCACGUGGACGCGGGAAGCACCGCUCCACAUUCAGGAGUCGCUUCGCAAGAAGGGCAGGAAGCCGGGCAACUUCAAGAUCGGCUUCUUCGACAUCAGCAGGGCGCACUUCUACGGGAAGGCGCAGCGGAGGAUCUUCGUGGAGCUGGAGGAGGAGAGUCGCAAGGAGUACGGCGAGGACAAGUGCGGCCUACUCCUCAAGUCCUGGUACGGCACGCAGGACGCCAGCAAGAUCUGGCAGGGCGACUACACGGAGCUGCUGGAGGAAAAUGGAUACAAGGCGGGCGUGUCGUGCCCAGCGGUCUUCUACAAGGAGGUGGACGAGACGAGGCUGCUGGGGCACGGCGACGAUUUCGCGGUGCUGGCUCAGCAGCAGGACAUCGACAGCUUCGAGGCCACGCUGGGCAAGAAGUACGAGUUCAAGAAGACUGCGAACCUAGGCUUCGACGAGGGCGAUGACAAGCAGGCGGUCUUCCUGAAUCGGGUCAUCGAGGUCAGUGCGGGAGUUCCGCCUGGCGGUGGCCGGCCCUGCCGGCAUGCGAUGAUCGAGCCGGACAAGCGGCACGCGGAGAUCGUGAUCGACGAGUUGGGUCUCAGCAAGGCCAACGGCGUGGACACGCCGACGGAGAAGCGCAGCGCCGACAAGCAGAUGAUGGAUGCGAAGUCGGCGACGUUGGGAGCAGCGGAAGCUUCGCGCUUCCGAUCCCUCACCAUGAGGGUGGCCUACCUGUCUCAGGACAGGCUGGACUUGGCAGAGGCAUCGAAGACGCUCGCUAGGUCCAUGCAGACGCCAACGGAGGCGAGCUGGCUCAUGCUCAAGAGGGUUGGCCGCUACCUUAAGCGGCAUCCUAGCACGGUGACGGUUUUCACGGAGCAGAAGAUGUUCGACAAGAUCCGGGUGUACGUGGACUCUGAUCAUGCAGGCUGUGCAGUCACGCGGAAGAGCACCGGAGGCUUCGUGGCGAUGCUAGGGCAUCAUGUAGUCAAGCACGGCAGCAACCUGCAGUCGACGGUUUCAUUGAGCAGCGGGGAGAGCGAGUACUACGCCCUGGUGAAGGGCGGGAGCGUGGGCCUAGGCCUUCACAGCCUCUUCGCGGACUGGGGGCUGGACCUGAAGGUGGAGCUCGCCUCGGAUUCAUCGGCGGCCCGGGGCCACGUCCAACGGCGAGGUCUCGGGAAGAUGCGGCAUGUUCAAUCUCGAUACUUGUGGAUCCAGGAGCGUGUUGGUAAGGGCGACCUCUCGAUCGCUGCGGUUCCUGGCAAGAACAAUGUCGCGGACGUGCUGACCAAGAGCGUGGGUGGAUCCCUUUUGAGGAGACACAUGGCGACGCUGAACAUCUGGGAUCGGGCACCGAGUUCGACUCAGAAG